CACCCCCCCCCCUUUUUUCCCCCAGGAGAAGGAGCUGCUUUGGGGGUACCCUACCUGGAAAGGGAGCGGGGAGGGGGCUGCAUCCCCCAUCCCUCCGGGGAACGCGGUGAGAGCGGCCGAGGCGGAGGCGGCCGCCCGCCAUCCCUCGUCCCCCCGCUGCCGCCAUCCCCACUCCUCCUUCCUCCUCCUUCUCCUCCUCCUCCUCCUCCUCCUCCUCUCGCUCGCUACACGCCGAGGCCGCCGUCACCGCGGGGGCCGGUACAGCGGAGGACAGGCCUGGGCUCCAUCGUCAUCGUCAUCGUCUUGUCCCUCUGUGUCUGUGUGCGUGUGUGUGUCCCCCCCCCCACCCCAAAACCCGCCGAACCCCGGCGAGCUCCAUGGUGCGGGAAGGCGGCAUGGCCCGUACCCCUUACAGCUCCACGCAGGACAUCCAGAUGGACGUCUUCGACAACGCCGCCCUCCAGGGCAAGUACAGCAAACGCAAGAGCCGCUUCAAGCGCUCGGAUGGCAGCACCUCGUCCGACACCACCUCCAACAGCUUCGUCCGGCAGGGCUCGGCCGAGUCCUACACCAGCCGCCCCUCGGACUCGGACGUGUCGCUGGAGGAGGACCGGGAGGCGCUGCGCAAGGAGGCUGAGCGCCAGGCCAUGGCACAGCUGGAGAAAGCCAAGACGAAGCCGGUGGCGUUUGCCGUGAGGACGAACGUCGGCUACAACCCGUCCGCCAGCGACGACAUGCCGGUGCAGGGCAUGGCCAUCUGCUUCGAGCCCAAAGACUUCCUGCACAUCAAGGAGAAGUACAACAACGACUGGUGGAUCGGGCGGCUGGUGAAGGAGGGCUGCGAGGUGGGCUUCAUCCCCAGCCCCGUCAAGCUGGAGAACAUGCGGCUGCUGCAGGAGCAGAAGAUGAGGCAGAACCGCCUGAGCUCGAGCAAAUCGGGGGACAACUCCAGCUCCAGCCUGGGCGACGUGGUGACGGGGACCCGCCGGCCCACCCCCCCAGCCAGCGCGAAGCAGAAGCAGAAAUCGGCUGAGCAUGUGCCCCCGUAUGACGUGGUGCCCUCCAUGCGGCCCAUUAUCCUGGUGGGACCCUCGCUGAAGGGCUACGAGGUCACGGACAUGAUGCAGAAAGCUCUCUUCGACUUCUUGAAGCAUCGCUUUGACGGCAGGAUCUCCAUCACGCGAGUGACGGCCGACAUCUCCCUGGCCAAGCGCUCCGUCUUGAACAACCCCAGCAAGCACACCAUCAUCGAGCGCUCCAGCACGCGCUCCAGCCUGGCCGAGGUCCAGAGCGAGACCGAGCGCAUCUUCGAGCUGGCCCGGACGCUGCAGCUGGUGGCCUUGGAUGCCGACACCAUCAACCACCCGGCCCAGUUGGCCAAGACGUCCCUGGCCCCCAUCAUCGUCUACAUCAAAAUCACCUCCCCCAAGGUGCUGCAACGGCUGGUGAAGUCCCGGGGCAAAUCCCAGGCGAAGCACCUCAACGUGCAGAUGGUGGCCUCUGACAAGCUGGCGCAGUGCCCGCCCGAGAUGUUCGACAUCGUGCUGGACGAGAACCAGCUGGAGGAGGCCUGCGAGCACCUGGCCGAAUACCUGGAGGCUUACUGGAAGGCGACGCACCCCCCCAGCAGCACCCCCCCCAACCCGCUGCUGAACCGCACCAUGGCCACGGCCGCCCUGGCCGCCAGCCCCGCGCCCGUCUCCAACCUCCAGGGUCCGUACCUAGUGCCGGGGGAACCGCCGCGCGAGGGGGAGCACGGCCGCCUCCGGCAGGGCCCGGGCGAGGUGGGGGGCCACGGGCAGAGCCGACCCCUCCCGCCGCCCGCCCGCCUGGCCCCCCGCAGCCUGUCCCGUCAGGAUACCUUCGACUCGGAGACCCCGGGCAGCCGGGAUUCGGCCGGCACGGAGCCCGGUGAUUCCUGCUGCAUGGACAUCGAGACGGACCCCGGUGAGGAAGAGCCGCCGGGUCCCCCCGGUGCCGGACCCCGCGCCCCCCCCCGGCCACCGGCACCCCGGUGCUUGGGACGAGGACGAGCCCGGGCGCGAGAGCCGGGGGCUGCGGGGUCGAGCCAAGGGCCAGGACCGCUACUGCCCCGACCCACCGGAGACCCUCGGCCUCGACCAGAGCGACGUGGAGGGCUGGGGCCAGGACGUUUACAUCCGUUAGGGUGAGGGGGUGCAGGCAGGGGAUGGACCCCCCCCCCCCCCCCCCCCAGCACUGGCUUUGGGGCGGGGGAGAGCCCCGCUGGUUGCCUUUGUGCCCCCCCCCCCCAAAAGCCCGGCCAGCUGUGCCGUGGGGAGCCCCUGCUUUGCCCUGGGGGCUCCCACCGCCCCAUUCCUUGGUGUGGGGGGGGUCUCCCUGCCCCCCCCCCCACCACAGCCCCCCAGCAUCUCAUGGUGCCUCGGGCCCUCCCCACCUGGCAGGGAGAGCAAGUGACCAAAGGGGACCCCGGGGGCUCUGCCCACGGCCGGCGUGUCCCCGUCCCCUGCCCCCGGGCAUGGGGUGGGGGGGCCGUGCUCCCCACCCAGCCCUUGCCUGCUGACUGCCCCCCCCCCCGCAUCCCGGGUGCCCCCGCUUCUCCAUGGUGCUGUUUGCCACCCGGCUGCAGGGGGACCCCUGAGCUGGUGGUGGUAGAGGGGGGGUCCCUGCCAGCUGCUGCCCCCAGUCCCAGCCAGUGCCUGCAGCCUGGCACUGCACCCCUCCAGGGCUGUGACCCCCCCCCCCAGCAGCUGGGGGCGGGGGGGGGGGUGUGCAUGCGUGUGCAGUGUGUGCAGGGCUUUGGGGUGCUCCAGCAGCGGAGGGGUCCCCGCUGCCCCAGGCCAUGCCCCCCCCCCCGGGGUGCUGCCUGCCCCGGGGGGGGGGGCAGUUUGCAUGUGUUUGCCUUGGAGGGGCUCUGCCUGAAUUUGGGGGGGGGGCUGUGUGUGCAAAUCUGAGCCAGUUUGGGGGGGGGGGGUUGUCUAACACGUGCUAACAGCUGCCCAGCCCUGGUCUGCCGUGGCAGCACCCGGAGGGUCCCUCUGCCCUGGGGGGCCCCCGCAUCACCCCCCGCCUUUCCCUGGGACUUGCCGGGGUGUGCCGGGCAGUGCCAGGCCCCUGCCCCCCCCCCCAAACACCCCCUGUGCCAACCCCCCCCCCCCCGCCGUGCCUGUCUGCUCUCACCCCAUCCAGCUGUGUCCGUCUGUCUGUCCGUCUGUGAGCCUGUCUGUCCGUCCCCCCCUGCCCAGCAGGGCUGCCUUUGGGCCCCCCCCCCCAGCACCCCGGGGCACUGCCUUCUCCUGUGCCCGCCCCGGGGGGGGGGGGUCUCUCGUUGUUUCCCCCCUCCUGCCUCUGUGGGGGCGAUUACACCAGGGUUGCGGGGGGACACCCCACAUCCAGCCCUCACCGUGGGGCUGGGCUUGCCCCAUUUAUGGGGCAGCCCCUUGCCCCCCACCCCCGGGGUGAUGCUGGGGGUCCCCGGGGUCGCUGCCUUACCCAGACCACCAGCCUUGCCAGCCCAGGCCGGGGGGGCUCAGGGGCACCCAGCCGCUGCCAAGCUGCCUCCGCCAGUUGCGUGCCUCAGUUUCCCCUUUUUUUUGGGGGGGUGAGGGGGAGAACUCGGUGUCACUGCCUGCCAAGUGCUUUGAGACCCGCCUGCCCUGGCACUCGCCCCCACGGCAGCCAGGGUCCGGGCAGUGGGGCCCCCCCCCCCAGCCCUCCCGUGGGCAGCGGGAUGUCCCGUAUUUAUGUCACUCCACAAACUUUAUUUAAAGACCCGACAAAGCGUAUUUUAUUUAUUUAUUCUUGUUGGUGUGUGUGGGGACUCGCCCCGCUCGCUUGGUUCUUUGUAAUAAACAUUUCGGUGAGACCUG